UUGGAGGGCAGAUUCUUCUUCUUCAGGAUCUUGUUUGAUGCGAAGGUUCCAUCAGGUUCUCAUUCUUUACGUGGAUAUGGAAGCUCUCUGUUUACGAAAGAGCGAUACGUCUUCAUCAGCGGUUGCAAAGAAGAGGGACCGGAACUCAGGUUUCCAUGGCCAUUCCCUAAGCAACCAUCGUCGUUCUAUAAUAUGAUAUCGUAUUUCACAAUAGGAUCCGUAGCAACAGUGUCAAAGCUGCUCUUCAUAAGAGUGGCUAACGAACUCGUUGUACAUAAUAAAGAGCGCUUCAUGAAUAUCUGGAUGGAUAAGUCACGGCCUUUGAUCACCAUUUCUAAUCACAGAAGUAACAUGGACGAUCCCCUCAUGUGGAGUUUUAUAACUACACGGGAAAUGUGCAGAAAUAUUCAACGUCACCGUUACACAUUGGCUGCACAUAACAUAUGCUUCACAAAGCCUCUUCACACUAGAUUCUUCUCUCUUGGUCGAUGUGUUCCUUGUGUACGUGGAGAAGGGGUGUAUCAGAAAGGCAUGGACUUCUGUGUGGAAAAAUUAAAUGAGAACGGUUGGGUCCACAUGUUUCCUGAAGGUCGUGUGACGAUGGAGCCACUCCGGUCAGUCGCGUUCCCAUUCUCAGUUUUCCUUGUUUAA